AUGGCAGAGUUCAAAAUCGAUGUUUUAUCGGAAGAAUUUCUUGCUGAAGACCAACUGAUUGAAGAGACUGACGAACAGCCGGAAGAGCAACCGGAUUUGCGGGACAUUAUUGAAAACGAUUGGAAGCUACAAACCCCCGUUUAUUCCAUUCUAAUAACUGUAUCACAUAUUUACGGAAUCACCCCAGACUAUCUUAAAGUCAUAGAUGAAAAAGCGCUAAACGAUAUUUUCUCCGUUGUAAAAUGGACGGGACAUAAACAUGCUCUGCGCUCAAAACUGGAGCAGUGGACCGAAAGCGCUUUGUAUCGCCCAACAGUUCCGCUGAUUAAUCCGAUUAACGAAGCACCUUCGAGCCAAAACACUCUGCCAGGACCAUCUCAACGCAGAUUUCUUCAAACAGCAGUAACUAACAACGAGCUUCUCAGCAUACUCGAAAGGAAUGAGAAAGGCAAAAUUGUCUGCCAAUAUUACGAAGCAAAUAGGCGGCUUGAUUUGCAACACCGGAGAUACCUAGCACAUACUAUUGUAGAUUACUACAUCGCCAAUAAUUCCUACUUUACAUUAGCUGAUAUGGAUCGUUACUCUGAGCUUAUUGCUGCACGAUUUCCAACUGAAUUAUCUGUGAUCUAUUAUAAUCCGCGAAACGCAGCAUCUGGUAAAAAGCAUCCCUCUGGACUUCUGUACGAUCGAUUCCACAAUAGGAAAAAAGCAAGUUUACCUAAUCGACGACGUACGGAAGUUUCAGAUCCCUGGACGAAUUGUAAGGCGAAAGCAUCGAACUUAACAGAGAAAGAAAUCAAUCGUCUGACUUCGAUAAAAAACUGGUUAAGGAAUAAUUUGGAACCGUUUGAUGAAGUCCUACUUCGGUGGAACGAUUCAGUUUUAUUGCGCAUACCUCACAUUAGUCACGACACAGAUACAAACAAAUCAAACGUUAUAAAAAAUUGGCCACGAUUGUCAGACGGAAAUGGGUAUUUACUGAUCGAUGCUGACUACGGAUAUAUAUACGGGAAUACAAACGGCGCGCAAACAAACAAGCUCUACGAUACCUGGAACACAUUUCUCGUGAAGUUCCGAGAGUACAUAGACCAGUGCGACAUCAGGGAUCAUCGUUCUCUUCAACUGUUGGAUUACUUGAACAAUCGCAGACUCGCCGACGAUACACGGAAUUUCAUUUACUGUUCCGUCUUCCACGCUGUAAUCAAGCCAUCUCGAACAUCGACGCGAAAGUUGCCAACAAUCCUGCAAGCCCAGAUUGAGAGUUUUUACAUAUGCGAAACGGAGGAGGAAUACACGAAGGAAAGAGAUUCACUGAGAGCGGAAACAGAAUCCAGCGGUUUGCAGUUUUCACCCCGUAUAUUUGUGGUAGGAAGGCCGGAGCAGCUUGACGCAUUCUACGUCGUUACUCAAUGGCUUGAGUACCGUCUACCAACAUUCCUACGCAGUAUUGAUGUAGUGAUCAAGUUGAAACUUGUUCUAAACUACAACUUCCCUGAAAGCUGUGAAUUGUUUUGGUGCUUUGUUGCAAAAUAUUUCUAUGACGUAGACUGCAGCCGUAAAACCAAAAACGGUCAGGUGCUUGAACUUCUAUCAUUCCUGGAAAAUCAACAACAUGAAGUGCUUCCUGUGUGA